GCAUUUAGCUAUAAUGUUCCUGUCCCCAAAGAAAGAACCCAUCAGGACAGUAAAUCAGAGAUCAACCAUGCAAGAAGAUGUGAAAGCUAAUAAACUGAAAUUAAAGAUGCCUUUGUUCGUGCCAAUCAGAGCCAACGAAAUGCAGAAUAAAGUGUUCGCUGUUCCACAGUUUCCAUUUCUUAAUUUCACUUCGUUUAUGUUGGAACCAAAGACAGAUUGUAAAGAUUUGCAGCUUAUAGCAUUAAUCCAUUCUUCACCUUAUCACUUUGAACGACGUGAAACGAUACGGAGAACAUGGACAAACCAGUAUUACUUUUUUAAGCUUGGGACUGUUAAAAGAAUUUUCGUUUUUGGGACAGUCGAUAACGAUAUAUUGCAAAAAGCUAUUGCAACUGAAAAUCGUAUUUAUGGUGAUAUUUUGCAAGGCCAGUUCAUUGAUAAUUACUACAAUUUAUCAUUUAAUACAAUGUUGGGAUUAAAAUGGAUAAUAAACCGAUGUGAAAAUAUUCAAACUGUAAUGAAAGUUGACGAUGAUAUUGCAAUUGAUACGUUUAGAUUUCUCAACAGUACUGUUUUAAGCUUAGUAAACAAAUCAGGACAAGUGCUCUGCCGCUACGGCAGACGUCAGAUACUUCGAAACACUACGUCAAAAUGGUAUAUAAUUGAUAGCAUAUUUAAAGGAGAGACACAUUACCCUAGUUACUGUGAAGGUAAACUUGUUUUGAUGACGUUUGAUGUCAUACCGUCUUUGUACAGUACUGCAUUGAAAACGCCAUAUUUUUUCGUAGAAGACGUCUACAUGUAUGGUUUAGUGAUUAACAAAAUAAAAAGUUUAACAUUUAGACAAUUAAAAUUGGAGUCAGAUAUGGUUCUAAGUGCUUCUACGGCAAUGGCAUGUCUUAUUAAGAAGAAACAAAAUUGCAGCGUUUACGUAGCAGGCGUGUCGUCCGAUGAAGAAAUGGAAGAACUUUGGUUUUUCUUUAGACAGCGAUUCAUGUCAAGUCAUUUUUUUAGUUAAACAUUUUAUAAACAUUUUAUAUGUGAUCAAUAUCAUUUUGAAGUUCAGUACAAAACACUUUGAAAAGCAUAAAAAUUACA